AUGGCCACCGAACAGCCUCGUUUUGAGAAACUUCUCAAUUUCCGCGAUGUCUCCUCCCUCCUCUCUCAGCCUUCAAGGCUCAAGGCGGGCAGGCUCUUCCGCAGUGCCAGGCCAGACGAAGCCACGCCCGCAGACCAGGCUCUGCUAGGCAAAUGCUACAACAUUUGCACCAUCGUCGAUCUCCGCAGCCCAACCGAGCACCUCGAGCAAGCUAAAAAGCUCGCCGCUCAGGCCCGGAUUGACGACCAUGUCUCCACCGUCCCGUCCCCGUGGAGCACCUCUGCGUCCGCAACGGCGGCCGACCUUCCAAAGAUUCCGGGAAUCACGUACCGCGAUGUCAACUUCAAUGGUGGUGCCUACAUCCGCUCGAUGCUAUCGCAACUUUCCUGGCCCUCUUACUUGACUGUGCUAGCCUACUAUGUUGCUGGUUACCGCGUUGAAGCCGUGCAGAUCAUCGGCCACGAGGUAAUGAGCCCCCGUGGCGUUGUCGGCCUGAUGCUGGACAGUUUGGCCGUUUGUACCAAGGAGAUCGCCGUCGUAUUCAACGAGGUGCUAGCGCGAGAGGAGAGUUACCCAGUGCUGUGGCACUGCACCCAGGGAAAGGACCGGACGGGACUGGUGACGAUGUUGACGCUAUUUUUACUUGGCGUGGACAUUGAUGAUGUGCAGCGUGAUUACAUGGCAACGCAGGCAGAAUUGGAGCCUGAAAGGGAGGAGCGUGUAAAAGAGAUCGCCAGGAUUGGGCUAGGAUCGGAAUGGGCAGACUGCGAUCCCAACUUGGUGGCAGAGGUAAAGGAGUUUUUGGAUGAAAAUUAUGACGGUGUCGAGGGGUAUUUAGAGAAGGCGGGAGUGAGUCGCGAGACGCAAGAGAAGAUCAAGAGUAUUCUGCGUCCAUAA